AUGGAAAACUAUACAUACAACAGCCUGACUCUUCAGCUCGAGGGGUUAAUUCUCACCAAGACUAUCAAGUACCCCGUCUUCUUAUUCCUGCUCUUCGCCUAUGUAUUCAUGUUAAUUACCAAUUUGGGCAUUGUGCUUUUGAUAUUGACAGAGAGAAGUCUCCACCAGCCGAUGUAUCUGCUCUUCUGUAACCUGCUGAUUAAUGGGGUCAUGGGGAGCUCUUUCCUUGUUCCCCGAGCGCUUGCAGAUAUCCAUGUGCCUCCUUCUGAGCGCUUCAUUCACUACUAUGAGUGUGUGGUGCAAGCGUUCAUCCUACACAUGUUUGGCACUAACGCACACACUGUGCUCAUGAUUGGUCUGACCUUACGGCUGAACCGAUGCAGGACUCGGAUCAUGAGUCCUUACUGUGACAAUGCCUCUCUGUUUAAACUCUCCUGCGAGAGUGUGUUCAUCAAUAACAUCUAUGGUCUUACUUUCACUGUAGUCCUGCUCUCAUCCUCUAUUGGCAGUAUAAUUCUUACUUAUUCUAAAAUCACAGCAGCCUGUCUAACUAGUAAGAGCAAGACUUUGAACAGCAAAGCCCUGAAGACCUGCAGCACUCAUCUGUGUUUGUAUCUGAUCAUGCUUCUCAGUGGGAUGAUCAUCAUCAUUCUUCAUCGCUUCCCUCAGUACGCAGAAUAUGGGAAGAUUUCAGGCCUUCUCUUUCAUGUUCUUCCUGGUGGCCUUAACCCCAUCAUCUAUGGGCUGCAGUCCCAAGAAAUACACAAAUCAGCCAGGAUGAGAAUCAGCAACUCCAAAUCCGAGUCCAUGGUCCUCAACUGGAAAAGGGUUGAGAGCACUCUCCGGGUCGAGGAACGCCUCGGGAUCCCCCGGGAAGAGCUAGACGAAGUGACUGGGGAGAGGGAAGUCUGGGCGUCCCUGCAUAGGCUGCUGCCCCCGCGACCCGACCCUGGAUGA